AUGAUUUUUUACCUUUUCAACACAAAUAUUCUUUACAUGAAGCUUUACCUAUUCUUCCUAAGAAAUUUAUUCUAAUUCAAAAAUCUGCAUCAUAUUCAAUUUUUAGUUUAUUUUUUUCAGAACAUCAGUUGCAAACUAUUGUAAUGAAUACCAAUAUAUAUGCUGCUAUUCAUAAUGCAAAACAUGGUACAAAUCAAGCAGGAGUAUUUAAAUUUCCAGCAAUUACUGAUUAUUGGAAAAAAGAUAGUAAUUAUCCAUCUCAUGAUAUUACUAAAACUAUGUCAUUAUUCCGAUUUCAACAAAUCAAACAUUUUUUACAUCUUUCUGAUUGUACCAAAUUAUCAUCGAAUUGGUUUGAAAAAGUAGAACCACUUGUAUCACACAUUAAAAAUAUAUCAAAACAACUUUAUUUGCCUGCAUCAAACCUGUCAUUAGACAAAAUGAUCGCAAGAUUUUCUGGACACAGUGCACAUACAUUUCGUAUAAAAAAUAAACCCACACCUAAAGGAUAUAAGAUAUUAUCUUUAUGUGAUUCAGGUUAUGCUUAUACUUUUAUGUUCUUGUCUCGAAUUAUGCUAUCUAGUAUAGAAUUAAUUCCAAAUCUUAACAAAACUGGUUCCGAAGUAUAUCAUCUAGUUAAACAAUUACCACAAGAAUAUGCUUUUAAUAUUUACAUGGACAACUUUUUUUCAAGUAUAAAUUUAUAUCAAUUUCUUCGUGAAAAAGGAUUUGGAGCUUGUGGAACUUGGGAUCACUUGAUAGGAGUAGUAGUCGAUGAUGUAUUAAGCUUUUUAUGGAUUGACAACAGUCCUGUUACGAUGCUUACAACCAUACACAAAAUUGAUGGACAAGAUAGUAAAAUUAAAAAAAAUCAUAGAAAGCCAUAUGAAGCCAGUACAAACUAUAAAAAUAUUAGAUCAGUAUUUGGUGAUGAAGUUCGAAAAGUUAUACCUAUUCUAGUUGCAGUUGAUGAUUAUAAUCACUAUAUGGGCAGAGUAGAUAUUGCAGACCAAUUAAGAAGUUAUUAUUCAACUCAAUUGACCAUUUUUAGAGUAUGGGUACCUUUAUUCUUCUGGUUACUAGACACUGCUAUUAUAAAUUCAUAUUUAAUUUGUAAAAAAUUAAAUAUAGCAGAAGAACAUAAAGCAUUUAGAUUUGCAUUAAUACGAGAUUUAAUUAAAGACUCUUUAAACCCUCUAAAAAGAACAACCUGA